AUGAACCCAAAUCACCAUGUAGCCUGUCGCGGUCGUUAUGAACCCAAAUCACCAUGUGACUACAGAGCCAAUCAUUGUCAUGAAACUUCUCACUGCAUUCCUUGCUGGGUAAGAUACGCCUCGUGUCUUCAGCUACCCGAUGGCUUAAACCCCUGGCCCGAUCUGGAAUGGAAACCCUUCUUCGUAGAAUGUUACAAAGAAAGGACGGUGUUUCAGGGCGCAUGCGAUAAAAGUGCAGUAUUUUCACCCUUAACUAGAGCUUGUGAAACGCCUUACAGUAUUCCGAGACAGCAUGGCGGCUGGAGACCUGUUUGUGAUAGCAGACGAGAUGGUAUCUACGCGGAUGAAUAUGGGAGAUGUGACAUUUUCUAUGUUUGUAAGAAUUUUGAUUUUGCCGGUUUUUUCCGAUGUGAUAAUGAACAAAUGUUCGAUCCUUUAACUUCAACCUGUCAGGGACCCUCUACCGUACCUUAUCCAUGUGGCGAUCUUGAAAUGCCCAACUUGUGUGAAUUGCUUCUAGAUGGAAAAUAUAUGGAUAUGUUUGGUCGAUGCACACAUUAUUUUGAGUGUAAGAAUAGAAAAUUAAAAGGAAUUUCAAUGUGCCCGACAGGGAUUUUCAACCCCGAAACACGGAAUUGCGACACCAGUAAAGAUAUACCUAAACCAUGCGGUUUAUUUGACAACCCUUGCACCCACGAAGACGAUGGAUUUGUGACUGAUCCGUCUGUGUGUACCAAAGUCUAUUUGUGUGAACGGGGCUUAACAAUGGCUUCGUUUGAUUGUGACAAAAAUAUUACAUGUGUGGGUGGCGAAGACGUUUCGAACAUGUGUAUGAUUCCACCUGAUUGCACCAACAAGUUGGAUGGGUUUUAUCCGGACAUUCAGAAUGGGGUUGAUGUGUACUAUACGUGCGAAUCUAACGCGAUACAACGUCAUUAUACUUGCAAUCGAGAAAAGGGAGGAACUGUUUUUAUUCCAUCUAAACAGCGUUGUGAUUUUCCAGAAGAUUUAUGUUACGACUUGUAUCGAUUUCCGAACAAAUGCUGAUGGUCGCCUGGUGAUCAUAAAGGUGAGCAUAAAGGUUCGCUUGUGUUACAUGUGUUUACAUUUAUGAAUAGUUUGUGAGACAAACUUUAAGCUUUCCAGUACUAUUUUUUCUGAUGAAGUUGCAAUCACAGUAAGAAAAAGUUUAAUGACAAAGAAUCGAUCAUCAAUGUAAAACGUUGAAAAUAGUCUUUGCGGCUUGACCCCAUUCCUUUCCCAAUUUACCCAUGUACUCGUCGGAGAAUGUAUUGCCCUGUGGGCCUACUUGACAGAUCUGUAAGAACCAAUAAAAGUCAAAUAAGAACCUUCUUAAUCAAAAUUAUAAUGUAGUGAUUCCUGUUACACUAAUGACCAUAUUGAUUCAUUGAAUGUUAUGUUCUAAUAUCCAAACUAGUCGGCUUUUUACAUUUAGGUAGAUUUUAUUUGUAAAUAAUAGUGCCUUUACUGUAAGUAUAUAUAAGGAAAUUAGCCUAUCUUUGUGCUUUUAAACGUGCCUAUAAAUUCGAUGUUUACUUCUCCUUCCCGUUUAUAAUCAAAAAUGUUAUUUCCAAAAGGCAUUACAGAUCCGUGGUCCAUAUUCAGACCAAGCUGUUGGGCGAGAGGUGAAACAUGUUUGCAAACCAUACCAGAAUAAGAAAAACUAUUCACAAAUGCAUAAGCGUUAUGCACAUUGUUCAGGCUAACAUGUAUUAUAUUUGUAAAAUAAUUAAAAUAUUGAAAUAGAUAUGUAGGAAACACUUAUAAGAUUUACUGUCAGAUUAACGGAACACUUUAUAGGUACCUUGUUACUUUAUUAAUUAGCACAUGUGGUCCGAAUAAUAGCACACAUGGUCAGAAUAAUACAUUAGUCUUGUACAUGUAUUUAGAAAUAUAUGACGCCGAAGACAUUAAAUGAGUUUCUUAUGCUAUAUAUGUAUAUAUUACCCAGCCGGAACAGAACAGUAGGCCGUUAAACCCCUUUUCAUUUUAUUUCAUUUGUAUAUAUUGUAUUAUGUAAUUAAUGUUUGCCUUUCUUUUAAUAAACUUUUGGCUUAUGGUGUA